UGCACUUCUCUCUUACACCCCUGAGAGACCAGGAGCCGCCAGAGCCAUCGCGGCAGCAGAGAGCAUGGCCCAGAGCGUGGUCUACGCCGACCUGAAGUUCGCAGCAUCCCCGCCGCUGGCCGUGCCCUCCUGCCCCGCAGCCCCCGACGAGGACGACAGCCCCUACGAGAACGUGCUGCUGGGGACGGUGCCUGCAGAGCAGAGCCCAGGGCGAUGGCCCCGGCGCUGGCGUGUCCCCAUGGGGCCGCUGGCCACCAGCCUGCUGGUGCUGCUGGUGCUGUUGGUGGUGGGCACUGUGGCCCUGGGGACCUGCUACUGGCAGGUCACCCGCAGCCUGCGGGACGCCUCCCGGGAGCACGCGGCCGAGCAGGGCCGCCUGGAGCAGGAGCUGAGCGCCCGGGAGCAGCGCCUGGAGCAGACGCGGCUGGAGCUGGUGAGGGCCAGAGCGGAGCUGGGGCGUGCGUGGUGGGACGGCAACAGGAGCCGAGCGGAGCUGGAGCUGCGGGACGCGGAGCUGGGGCGCGCCAGGCAGGAGCUGGCCGAGCUGCACAGGGAUGUGCAGCGCCUGCAGGGAGAGCUCAACAGCAGCCAGAGCACCGUGGCCAGCCUGCGCGCCUGCCUGAACACAGAGUGCUGCCCCUCGGGCUGGGUGCUCUACAGGGGCAAGUGCCUCUUCAUCUCCGUGGAGAGCAAGACGUGGAGGGACAGCCGUCAGUACUGCCAAAGGAUGUCUGCUCAGCUGCUGGUCCAAGGCGACUGGCCAGCGUGGACAACGCCGGUACAGAGCAGAGGGGCUGCAGCACCCCAGGGCUGGGGGCAAUGCUGGGGCGGGCAGAUCCAGCAGCAGCAGCGCUGCGGAGGUGCUGGGGGCCACCACCAGACCUGGGGCUCUCGGGCACCCAGUGGGCUCUGGGCAAGGGCAGCCGGUCAACAGCUUCUCUCCCCCCAACUCUUUGAGCAGGGGAAUGGCGCCGUGUACUGGGUCGGGGAGAGAUACAAAAGUCAUCUCGAUUCACGUGAGGACAAGUAUGGAUGGCAAUAUAAAGAGUAA